AAAUGAGCAUACGCUUACAGAAAAAGAGCGAUAAAGUCGAAAGCUUCAAGGCUAUUCGAAAUAAAGAGUUUAAAAGAAGUCUUCUUCAGCUUUCUCAAAAGCACUACAGCAAGCAAAGGAUGAAGCACCAGAAAAAAUUUAAGAAAGAAGCUGCUUUUAAAGAUCAAGGGAAGAAGAAUAAUUCAAAAUAUAAAUCAUAUUUUGCUGACUCUGCAAAAGAAGAAGCUAGUCUUAAAUCCUCUUUGAAUUAUCUUGAUGGCAGUAGGAGCCAUCACAAGCCAAUGUACGCUACGCGAAAACCCAGCCACCUCUGCUCCCCCAUCAAUCUCCUUCAGAGUCAGUACAAGCUCAUGAGUGAAGGAAAAAUGACAUGGAAAAAGAGGAAGAAGGCUAAAUCGAAAUAAGUGAAGAAGCUCUGUUUGGCUAAAAAGUAAUCCGAUCCAAAUCUCGGGGAAAAAUAUUGAUAUUAACUUGAAGCUGCUUAUGAACUCAAGGUAUGCUCAGAGAAGGGAAAUUAACCGGAAGCAUAACAAGACCGUUCAUAAAUUCAGUGAUAAUAUCAAGAUCAAGAAAAUGUGUAAUAAUGAUGAUCUAAUCCUCAACGGAGAGAACAUGCUUGAUAAUUCUUAUUCCCAAAUGAGAACUGAGGAUAAUACCAAUAAUAACAAGGGGUUUCUAGAGAGCCAAGAGAAUACACUCAAAAACUCUUUGUCUCCAAAUCUACACCAUUCAGCUUCGAAUUCGAGGAAAUAACAUUCGGUCUAACACCUUAAGUUAUCAGGAAGAUUCGAAGUAUGACCAUUUUGGGAGUAGUAAAAACUCUAGUUAUGCUCUUAAUCCUUCACUUGAUCAGCUAAAUGCACAGAGACGGAAAAAUUUCGAGAUUUUGAAGGACAGGAAGAAAUCAAAAGAUGCUUCCAUUAGCAACCAUAAAUUAUUAUGAAAGCCCAAGGACCUCACUUUUUCACCCAAAACCAAACGUUAUAACAAGAGGAAAAUGCUGGUGCCUAAGUUCUUUGGAGUAACAAAGAGUCCUGAGCUGCCUAUAAGGCAUCAAAGAUUGCUCAAACCUCGCUCAAAAUCAUCCAAAUCUAAGAAUUCAAAAAGAUAUGCACUUACUAAUAUUGGGAACGGGAAUCAGAAGGAUGAAAAUUGUCUGAAAAGAACACACCGAAAGGUUUUUAGAAAGUCUUUUGAUAUGUGACUACAAGAUUUUAAGCAUUAUCAGAAUCACACCCCUAAGGAUACGGCUAAACUUCUGUAUAGUAUGAGCUUUGGUAAAAGGCAGAAGUCUUCAGCUAAUAUCUCCCUUUUGAAGAAGAGCAAAAGAAUUCAGAAAAAUAAUUCUAAAUAUUAAG